UAUCACAAGUCACAACAGCAGUCUGAUAAGAUUUCUAUCUCAGAUGGGUUACAUUUUUUGCUGAAUUAUCAAAUUAUCUGUACUAAAAACUUGUCCACUACAGUGUUAGUGACAAGUUUCGAGUUAUUUGUGUGAUAAUUUUGUUAAAUUAAUAUCUUUUUAUGUACUUUUUGACUGUUUUUACAUGACAUAACCUUAAAUUGCUCAAGUACUUAAUUUUACAUUUAUCUUGAGAAAUAAUGGAUAAUCAAGGGAAAAGAGUUGUAAAUGUCGGCUCCAGAAAAAGUGAGCUGGCUCUCAUACAAACCAAUUAUGUGAUUGACUGCCUCAAAAAGGUACAUUUUGACAAAGAAUUUAAUAUUGUAACCAUGACAACACUUGGCGACAGGAUAUUGAAUGUGUCCCUACCGAAGAUAGGAGAGAAGGCGUUGUUCACGAAAGACUUGGAGGAUGCACUGAGAAACAAUACAGUAGACUUUGUGGUACAUUCUCUCAAGGAUCUGCCUACUUCGCUGCCCGAGGGGCUGGCUAUCGGCGCUGUUUUUGAAAGGGAAGACCCACGCGACGCACUGGUAUUACGUGGAGAGUUUAAGGAUCACACCCUCUCAACGCUGCCGGAGGGCUCCGUGAUUGGAACGUCGUCACUCCGACGCACGGCACAGCUUAGAGGGUCCUACCCCCACCUGAGAGUGUCGGACGUGCGCGGAAACCUCAACACAAGGCUGAGGAAGUUGGACGCUGAAGAUAGUGAAUAUACCGCGUUGUUGCUCGCAAACGCUGGUCUACAACGGAUGGGGUGGGGAGACAGGGUGUCUAAGGUACUGCCCUGUUCGGAGAUGAUGUACGCGGUGGGACAAGGCGCGUUGGCAGUGGAAUGCCGAGCUGACAACGCUGAUAUAUUGGCCAUGUUGUCGCCUUUCAACCAUCCGGAGACUUACUGCAGAGUUCUAGCUGAGAGGAGCUUCCUCAAGACUUUGGGCGGUGGCUGCAGUGCGCCAGUCGGGAUCUCAACAAGACUGAAACCUUUUGACACAAAAUUUAAAUUAACUAUAUCAGGAGCUGUGUGGAGCAUGGAUGGUUCUACCAAAAUAUCCCACACUAUGGAACAAACAUUUGACCAAAUAAAAAAAUCCACUAAACAUAAACACAGUCCAACUGAAGAAAAUGGCGCCAAAAAGUUCAAAGGCGAGACCAGCGACGUCAACCCUAUCGAAGAAUUAAAUCGAAGGAUUUCAAAUAGAGAAGCCGGAAGUUGUGAAGAUACCACAGAGAAAACAGAAUUAGCCAAUUCCAAUUUAGAACUGUUUUGCGGCUUGACCGAAAAUAUAAGUAUGCCGAUAGACGUGAUAAAGAAAUGCGAUGAACUUGGCAAAGAAUUGGCGGAAAAUUUGAUAUCGCAAGGUGCUAUAGAGGUUAUGAAAGUGACACAAGAUAUUAUAAGGAGUUCUGUAACAAAAAGCUGAUCUUUGUAUGUAUUUUUGUACAUAUUAUAUUGGGCUGUACAAGUUGUACGUUGUUUAUUUAAGUUUUUGUUAAAAUUAGUAAAAUUACAAUCAUGUUAUGUACCCUUCAUAUUUUUAUGUGGGUGCAGUCCACAAAAUGUAUUCUGUUGGUUCAUAAUGAGUUGAAAACAAACAUUGUUUUUUUUCUAAUCCCAAUAAAUUCAUUCGGUUUGUUAAUUGGACCAAUUUACAUUCUUUAUGGCCAUGACAAUGAAAUGAACAAAAGUUAAGUAUUUUUAAAAUAUUGAAAAUUAAAAUUUUUACCUCUAUUUUUAUUGGGGUUAAAAAGGGACUAGAAUUUAAUUAUUAUUGUAUGUUUUACAUUUUACGUGGGUAUUAUGUAAGUAUAUUCUAUUAGAAGUUUAUCCUUUUAAGUUGGUAUUUUGUUAAUAAAUUAUUAUUUUUAUGGUUGACCCUUAUCACAGAAUCAUAAGGUUCAAUUUGCUCAUUUUACGUACUUGCGUAAUUGACAUAGUUUAAUUACUCUCAGUUCCUUUUAUAAAAAAAGCCGUAGAAGCAAAUCUUUACAUUGAAAAAAAACAAUUUGUCGCCAGUUAAAAUACAUAAGUCUCAAAUUUUACAAAUGAUCUAAAAUUUGAG